CUAAAAGUACUUCUAAAGAUAGUUAUGAGUAAUUUCAGGGAGAUUAUGCCAAUUCUUUUGUUUUGGUUCUGGUUUGCUUUGAUUUCAUCCGUACGGAAAAACAUAAUGUUUUCAAACUUAAAUUAAUAUUUGAUUGAAUAUAAUAGAAGUUAAAUUCAAUCAAUUAUACAUUUGUACAACCCUUUUAAGACAAAAGCGGAAGAUGCAUGUGAAAUUUCAUAAUCUAAGAGGUACCACCAUUGCACAAGAAACUUUGUGCUACCCAUUUGAUAUUUAAAUACCCAAACUACCCUUUUCUCUUCACUUUCUUGACGCCCUCAUUCAUGGGUGGUGGAGUGAUGAGUGCGGUGGCCAAGUUCACUGCCACCGGGAUCAGAGGCGUCAUGNCGCCUGUCCAGUCAUCUGUUCAGAGUACUUCUGAAGUGUCACCGGCAGANGGCGGUGAAGACAGUACAGCGAGGGUGGUGUCAGGCAGUGUUCUUUGUUUUGAUGAAGCCACAACUGAACUAAAACAUGCUCUACAUAAGAAAUACCUAUCUCCAAAGUCCACCUUGAAGAACAAAGAUUGUGUUUUUCAGGCUUUUCAAUUGUUUAGUGAAAGUUCAGAAGCUCAGAGUAUUGUGGCUUCUAUUUCCUGUGACCAAAAUAUAUGGAAUGCGAUGGUGCAAAAUCCUAAACUACAAGAUUUCUUCCAUGCACAGCAGACAGCUGGUUUUGAAGUAAAGAGAACUUUUGAUGAAAAAGUGGAAGACUUACCUUAUUCUUAUUCAGUGUAUUCUCUUGUCAAUUUACUAAAUAUUCUCCGCAACAUGAAGUUUACCAUAGUUGAAAUGAUUGCAGCGUGUCAAUUUACCUUCAGAAUAAGUUUGAGUUCUUAAUUGCUGGUUAUUGAUUGGAGAGGAAAUGCAAAAACAAACUUCAUGGAUACAACAUUGUGAAGGAACUUAGUGAUGUCUAUUACUGGGAAUUUUCACAACUCUAUUAUUCUUGAAAGUUAUUUCGUUUGGUCUCUCCACCAUUAUCGUGGAUCUCUAUUACUGUUUUUUUCAGUGGAAUUUAGUGAUGUCUUCGGAAAAUAUUAAAUUGUUUAAA